AUCUAUGCCACGAACAGCUUCCAGUCCUAUGAGCCAGCUCUGUUUGAUACUUAUGCUGCUGACACAGAGGUAGAUGGGAAAGAGAUGAAACUAGUUCUCUUUGAUGUGGCAGGGAAGAAUGAAGUCAAAAUCAAAGUGUUCUGUCCCACAGUACCUGUUAUUCUGGUGACUACCGAGAUGGAACUAAGGGGUGAUGAAGGUUUCGAGAAGAAACUAACUACUCCAGGCAAUGAGGCAAUCGACACCUCAGAAGGAAAAGCUUUAGCUGCCGGCAUUGGGGCAUAUGCUUACCUGUUCUGCCUAGACAAAAGAAGGUGUUGA